AUGGUACUAGACAACUACGACAGUGUCGACGCUGUUAUUACGGACACCAGUAGCGAGCUGAGCAGCAUUCUUUCCAACCCCUCAGAGUUAUUGUCAGAUCGGAAUAAAGAGAAGAAGAGAAGGAGGGAUACUAGCACCGUCGCAAGAACUCUAAUAGAUGUUGAAGAUGACGACACUGAUAUGGGCGCAACUUGUCAUUCUCUGCGCGUUGACCAGGAGAAGGAGGACAGCGAUAACCAAGAUGACGAUGAAGUCGCCCAAACUUCGCUAAUGGAAACAUACAUAUUCGCCCUCUGCGACCUUCAAUACGACAACAAUCCGACCGACCGCCCCCACUGGCUCACCGGCUGUAACGGGCUAGAGCCCAGAUGCUAUGGUGAUCCUCGGUGGAACCUUCGGAGCUUCCUCGGCACUUUAGAUGCUUCGAGAAGCUACGUGAACAACAAGCCAAACCUUUCUUCUUCAUCGAAUACAAUCCUGUUACCAGGCAUCGGCAUACUUUGCGCAGCCCCUUACACCGGCCUUAACAAACCACUUCCCCACCCCUCGCUCACAUCCCUCGAAGACCACGAGGUCUUGACCCGCUUCUGGGUCAACGAGAUCGAGCGCCUCGAGUACCUCCGCUCCAAGCGCUGUCCUCCCGAGGGCCAGCCUACAGACGGCAAGUGGCACUACAAACAUUACGGUGAGACAAUAGAGGUUCGCAGGCCGGCGUUAUCGGGAAUAGGGACGCCCAGAACUGUGUAUGCGAGGGGGUGCUGGGAGUAUGUGGUGCGUGGCAAGAAGGUGUGGAGGGGGUUGGAUGAGUGGCCCAUGACGCUGGAGGGAGAGACCUUGGGGUGGGGGACAGGGGUGUUGCAGGAUCACAAUAAGGAGGAAAGGCUUAGGGCUGAGCAGCUGCCUAAGGGAGAGGAGGAAUGA